AACAGGACAUACCCAGCGUCCUCUUUUGUCAUAGUAGAAGCACAAGUGUCAUCAUGUUAUGUGCAAAAAUGUCUUCUUCUUCUUCUUCUCCUGCUGUUCUCUCAAAAUGCACCGUUUUCCCUCACCGGAACUCCACUCUGGGGGACCUCAAGCUCUCUAUCUCCGACCUUAACAUGUUUUUAUCUCACUACAUCCAAAAAGGCUGUCUCUUCGCCACUCCUUCACUUCCCUCUCACUCUCACACUCUCAUCCCUCACCUCAAAAACGCGCUUUCCCAAACCCUCUCUCUCUUCCCUCCCCUCGCCGGCCGUCUCAAAACCGACACCGACGGCUUCGUUUACAUCACAUGCAACGACGCCGGCGUCGACUUCAUCCACGCCACCGCCACCGAUAUCUCCGUCGCAGACCUCCUCUCCCCGUCGUCUUCGUCUGAUGUCCCUCCAAUCUCCAAGCAACUCUUCCCCUUCCACCACAAAAUCAGUUACACCGCUCAUUCUUCCCCUAUCAUGGCCUUCCAGGUCACCGAUCUCGCCGACGCCGUCUUCCUCGGCUGCGCCGUCUGCCACUCCGUCACCGACGGCGCCUCCUUCUGGAACUUCUUCAACACCUUCGCCGGAAUCUCAAGAGGAGCCACCAUCUCUCCCUCCAGCCUCCCCGAUUUCCGCCGCGAGUCCAUCCUCAGCUCCAACGUCGUGCUCCGCCUGCCAGAAGAUAUCAAGGUGACCUUUAAUGUGGAGGAACCUUUUCGCGAGAGAAUCUUCAGCUUCAGCCGCGAAUCAAUUCAGAAACUGAAAGCUACUGUGAACAAAAGCUUGACAUUGUUUCCUCCGCCAGAGAACGGUGACGCGGUUGAGUUGAUGGCGAAGAUGAGCAGCGACACGCAACUGAGAACGGUUACAGAGAUUUCGUCGUUUCAGUCACUGUGCGCGCUGGUGUGGCGCUGCGUGACGAAGGCGCGAAAUCUCGAGGGGUCGAAAACGACGACGUUUCGAAUGGCAGUUAAUGUUCGCCAACGCAUGGAGCCCAAGUUGGGGGACAGUUACUUCGGGAACGCGAUUCAGAGCAUUGCCACGUGCGCAGAAGCUGGUGAUGUGGCGUCUAAGGAGCUUCGCUGGUGCGCGGAGCAGCUGAACAAAAGCGUGAAGGCCUUCGAUGGUGCUACGGUGCGCCGUAACUUGGAGAAUUGGGAGCGCGAGCCUAAGUGCUUCGAGUUGGGAAACCACGACGGCGCCACCGUGCAGAUGGGAAGCUCGCCGAGGUUUCCGAUGUACGACAAUGAUUUUGGAUGGGGGCGGCCCUUAGCCGUUCGCAGCGGCGGAGCGAACAAGUUUGACGGCAAGAUGUCGGCGUUUCCCGGGAGGAAUGGCGGCGGCGCCAUCGAUUUGGAGGUGGUUUUGGCGCCGGAAACCAUGGCGCGACUCGAGUCUGAUUCUGAGUUCAUGUUUUACGUGUCUGGUUGGUAGGGACGCAUGUUUUAAUCUGAAUAGCUUAGCUUUCACCGUGAUGUUGUUGUUGCCGUUAGAUUGUGUUUAUUUAUUUUACCGUGUUUAUAAAAAACUUGAGUAACGCCGUAACGGCACGCUUAGAAUGGGGCUGAUUUUGCUGUGCUAACAGCAUCUCUGCGACUGCGCCAUUGUGCGUUAUUUGCCUUAUUAGUAUUUAUUGUAUUGUUAUUGAUUCCAGUUCCUGAAAUCAAGUUCGCUUUUAAUUUUAA